AUGGCCAGUAGCGCUGAGAAACAGGCUCGACUGAAUUCAUUGCUGAAUAGAAAGAGAAAAGUGGAGAAAGGGAGCCAGCCGGCAGCAAGCUCUUCAGCGGAAACGUCGUCAGUACCACAUCAGAAUCCUGAAGAGAAAUUGGGGGCGAAAAUGACAAGUGCGGAAGAAGAGAAGAGAAAAGCCACGGAGUUGAUUCUCCGAGAAGCGAAAAUGGCUAAAGAACGAGCGGAGCAGGUUGGACCUCAGGGCUGGUUACGACCGAAGAGCCUCAACACGAACAAACAAUUUCUUCAUCGUACGUUAGCGGCUACUCUACCCGAAAGGAAACCGAAAAAGCGGAAAACUCCUGAUGAAUAA